GUAUUGCAAGACAUUGUAGGACGUUGCAUCAGGCAGUCUGUAUGAAUCCACUUACAUUUGCAUAUCACACUAUGACAAGUGGGAAAAUGGAUGAUAAGGGACUGCAUAUCAUGGUUGAGUGGGUGGUACUCCUGCUUUGUAUGUGAGAGGUCCAAGGUUGUAAUCACAGCCUGGAUCAGAUGGACUUUCUUGGACUGUUUGACCCCUCUACAGCAGAUGAAUCUUGUGAUGUACACAACGACUUCACAGAUCAGCUGCCCCCAGAACCACAGGCUGGCAAUGUCGAGUAUAAGCUCAAACUGGUCAACCCAUCGAAGCAGCGAUUCGAACAUCUUGUUACGCAGAUGAAAUGGCGGCUCCGUGAAGGACAGGGGGAAGCAAUUUAUGAGAUUGGUGUAGAGGACAAUGGUGUACUCACGGGACUAACAGAGUGUGAGAUGACUGCAAGCUUGCAGACACUCCAGCAGAUGGCCUACAAGCUGGGUGCCACAACCACCGUCCUCAGAGAGAGACUUGUUGACAGUGAUAAUGGCAAUAGCAGAAAGGUGGCAGAAGUUUUGGUUAGGAAGGUCCCAGAUGAUCAGCAUAACAUCGAGGUUCGUGUGGCCGUGAUGGGAAGUGCAGAUGCAGGGAAGUCCACACUGCUUGGGGUAUUGACACAGGGCCAAUUAGACAACGGACGAGGCCGAGCCCGUCUCAAUAUGUUUAGGCAUCUCCAUGAAGUGCAGUCAGGGAGGACAUCAUCAAUCUCUCAUGAGAUCCUGGGAUUUGACACACAGGGCCAUGUGUUGAAUUACAGCGAAUUCAUGACAGCAGAAGAGAUCUGUGAAAAUUCUACAAAACUGAUCACUUUCAUCGACCUGGCAGGCCAUCGCAAAUACCUCAGGACAACAGUUCUGGGGCUCACUGGUUACUCGCCCCAUCACGUCAUGCUAGUUGUCAGUGGGAGUGCUGGGAUUGUUGGCAUGACACACGAGCACCUAGCCUUGGCUAUUGCCCUUGACGUACCGUUCUUCAUCACUAUCACCAAGACAGAUGUAAAGUCACCUGCUGACACACUGCUGAGUCUUGAGGCAAUGCUCAAGUCUGCAGGUUGUCGCAAGGUUCCGCUUGUGGUGAGGAACGAGGAUGAUGUGAUCACAGCAGGUUCAAAUCAGCUGGCAGGAAACAUAGUACCAAUAUUCUGCGUGUCGAACGUGACUGGAGAUGGUCUGGAGCUGCUGACCAAAUUCCUACAUGUCCUGCCACCUGGGAUUAGUAUCAAGGAGAAGGAGCGCUUAGAACAGGAAUUAUGUGAAUUUCAAAUAGAUGAGACCUUCAGGGUGCCAGAAGUGGGAACAGUUGUUGGAGGCUUGCUGACAAAGGGAGUGAUUUCAGAAGGAGCCAAACUAGUUAUAGGUCCAUUAAAUGAUGGGAGGUUUCUACCUGUGAUCGUGCAGUCGAUACAUCGAAAUAAGGCUCCAUGUCGAGUAGUGCGAGCCAGUCAGAGCGCUUCCCUAGGCCUGAACCAGGAGAUACUUGGCUUGAGAAAUGGCAUGGUAGUGCUCAGUCCGGAGUCAAAACCUGCUGGGUGUCUUUUCUUUCAGGCAGCAGUAUAUGUGCUGUUUCAUACAACUGCAAUCUAUCCAGGCUUUCAAACAACUGUCCACAUUGGCAACAUACGUCAGACAGCAGUUAUUGAAGGCAUCAUGGCCAUAGGAGGAAUUCACACUAAUGACAAAGCAUCCGUGCUGUUCCGCUUUCUUAGACAUGCAGAAUAUGUUAAGGUUGGAAUGAGGCUGCUGUUUCGGGAGGGCCGCACUAAAGGAAUCGGCAAAGUCACACAAGUAUUCCCUGUUGAGCAGGAUUAAAUUUCUAAAUGCUGCAGAAGAGUUCAUUUGAUCCAUGACUUUUGAAUUAUUAAUUUCAACAAUUCUACCUGUAAAAACACACAUUUUAUGCUGUGUUUUAUUUAUACCUAGUCACCUGAUUAAGAGAAUCAUCACUAGAUACUGGAGAUUGCUAUUUUAACUGUGAAUACUUCUUGUAUAAAUUAACAACUAACUGAUUUGGUUAGUUAAUUUUAACUAAAGUGUAUGAUGAUUUAAGAAAUCUAACACACAAUGACAGUAUUUUAUACACCACAGGCUGUGUUUAUGAUCUGUGAAGUGGUUUUUAAGAGUACCCGGUUGUACAAAUCUACUUUAAUUCUACUUGUAUAAUAGUAAAUUAUUGUGUGUACAUAAUAACUACAUACAUAUGUUUUUAACGUUCCAGCAUAGUGCUGUAGGUGGUUUGCAAGUGAUUCUGCUGUGACGUGUUAAAAAGGCAGAGCAUUAGUUAGAUUGCAAGGGGGGCAAGCAGGCUGUGGUUGCCUUUUUUGUGGUGGAUCUGUGUCGUGAUAUUAGUCAGUUUGGGUUCAGCCACUGUUCUGAUCAGACAACACCAUACUCUGGAACUGAUCAUAGGCACAGUUUCACGUUAUCAGUUUGCCAUGCAGCCAGCAGCAGAAUGUAUGCAUUAGGGAUGCCCUUCCAGAAAUAUCACGUGUUAUCAGUUGGAUAACUGGAGAAUAUUUUUACUCGGUGGUAAUAUUAUGUGGUAUAUUUUAUGACAGCUAGUCAGUGUUUCUCAAACCUGAGUUUUGUGGGAGUGUGAAAUAGGUUUAUCUGUAUUCUAUGAUGCCAGUCAGUUUGAUCCAUCAGUCUCUUAACAUAAGUAUCAGCCCAAAGUUUCUGACAGUGAUGUAUAAUAUCUUUUUGACUGAUAUUUUUUAUACACUGUCCAUCAUCGCAGCUUUUACAAAUCACAAUGUUUUGGAAACCAGUUCUGUUUCGCUUGAGAUCUCCUAGGCUUUCAUGCCUGGAUACCAGCAUUUCAGUGGAACAUAACUGCCUCUGUCUUCACUUUGACCCUGAAGAUGAAGGUAGGAUUUUCCUGUGAAAUGUUGGUAUGCAUCUCCAACUACCAUGAAAACAUGUAAACUGUGCUUUUGUUUCCUUUAGACGAUAGGAUAGGGUAAAGAAUCUUACUCCUGAAAACCAUGGGGUUUGAGACUAGCUAUGUCUUUUUAAUUUAUGUGUAUAUAUAUUGGGUGUAUCACAACUCAACGGCAAAACUUCAGGAACGGACUCCUCAUAUAGAGAGAAGAAAAAAAAUUUAUGACAACAUGGGUCUGGAAAUGCAUAUAAUUAGAGAGUAGUAAUUGUGUCUGCACACCACUGAAAAGAACUGGCAGAGGAAAAUUUAUCAUGAAGUAAUCACAGGUGAUGUCAUGAUAAUCAUAUAGCUGUUCUCCCAGUGAAAGGCUGACCCACUGAUAGAAAGCACUCAUGUCACCAAUUCUUCUCAGUGGCGUGCAGACACAAUUACUACUCUGCAAUUAUAUGCAUUUCCAGACCCAUGUUGCCAUAUACUUUUUUCCUUCUCUCUAUAUGAUGAGUCCGUUCCUGAAGUUUUGCCGUUGAGUUGUGAUACACCCUGUAUACACACACACAGGCAUGUGAAUCCGGAAUGAGACCUAUAAGUGAAGAACUUGCUGUCCAUCCUAUUUCACUUGAUGAUUCUGCCAUUUUAUUUAAUUUGACCACUAGCCCUUUCUUGCAGAAAUAACUAACAUUUUGGUAGUAAGAAGUUGGAAACAUUAAUUUUUAAGCCAACUAUUUGUUAUAUGUUACGAAUUUCAGCUGUCUGCAAGUCUCUCUGCAAUAUUAUUAUUCCUAAUAUUUACUUUAAAUUAUUUAUAUUAACACAUUCAGGUCAUCAGUCCUAAGUAACAUUUGGAAUUGUGUGGUACAUAAGAUUGUUAAGAGUUAUAUUUGAAUGAUUGUGCAUAUGAACUAAGGGAUAUGGAUUUUACAGGAUUGCAGCCAUAUUUUAACUUGGGAGAAGGGGGGGAUUUAAGAAAUGCACUUCUGGGCCAACUGGACCAAGCACAAGCAUUGUCACAGUAAUGUGACACAGCUGGUAAAGGUUAAUUCAGAUACAUGAUUGGUUUGUGAACUCCUGUCUGACUGAGUCCUGAAUGUCAAUGGUGACAACGCUACUGGUAGUCAAGAGUUGUUUGGAAGGGGGUUAUCUUGUGCUUGCAGUACCAAGUCCGACAGCAGUUCAUGUACUGUCUUAGUUAUGUUAUAAUUGCUUUCCAUGCAUUAAUUGAUACAUGUGUUUAACAAGUUUCAGAGAAUUUAUUGUAAACAAUAUGAAAAUUAAAGAUAGCCAUUUUCUGGGAAGUGAGACCAUGUAGUCUGGCAGAUGGUGAGCAACAUUUCAGGGGAACCUUCAUGGCAUCACAUCCCAGAACAUAGAAAUCUCCCUAGUUUCUGCUGUGAGAACAUCAAGUCCAGCUUCCUACAACUUGUCUUAAUAUCUGACCUCAGAGCUGUUAAUCAUUCGAUUUGUGCCGGACAGCCCUGGCACUCUUACUGUCAUGACUGCAGUCCUGAUGACUGGAGAUGGUGUCAUUGAAACUGAGGGUCUGUGCCAUAAUUUGGUGUACAGAGAUCAUAUUUUAUUUCGUUUGUCAUUUCAGUGGGAUAGGGACCAGUUGAGGGCUCUUGUGAGCACAGUAAUGAACCAUAAAAUUCUGGAAACUUCUUUUCAGUGAGGUCAGCGAGUUGUAACUAUGUAAUGUAUAUGUUGUAUUGUGCAAGUUUACUCCCCACUCAUACCCCCAAGGUUACCAAUUACACUUAAAAUUGAAAUGUUUCUUGCUGAAUGUUUACAUCUUGUAUUUUAUUGGUUUUUAAAGUUACCAAUUGAUGAUAAAAUCUUUAAGCCUCUGUGAGGCCAUAUUAUUGUACAUUAAUCAAUAAGCAAUAGAUAAGUACUUAGAGAA